AUGGUGCGUGCAACAUACGCCUUGAGUGUCGCAAUCGCAUGGAGCCUCAGACUCGCGAAGGCAAGGGCAAGGCAAGUUGCCAGUUGCCAGCCGACGAAUGCGCUGGAGAAAAUUCAGACAGGCAGUCCGCAGGCCACUGUUGGUGUGGGUGCGGCCGUCAACCGGGCGGCCGUGCUGUUCGCCUUGAAGGCUGAUGGUUUCAUGGGGAAGAGGUUCAAAUGCGCUUGGCAAGAGGCUGAACGGGCCAAGCGAAAGCUGAUCAUUUUUCUCGAGCCACACGUUGUCAAGCAACUUCAAACGCCGCAGAGCACCACUGCCUUGGCCUAUCAAAUUUGUAAGUCAUCGGUGCGUGACGUCAGCUCGGACACGGCAGAACGAGAUGGGCGGGUAUUGGACGAGCGGGAAAGAGGAAAUUUUUUUGGCGGAGAGGAACAAGAAAAGACGCACUCGGACCAGUGGCAACGAGGAGCACGGUCAGAAGCGCUUGCAUCUGCUGCUCGCUCAAGUCAUGGAUCGAUUGAUAAGGCAUGGUUGUCGGUCUUGAAGAAGGUGGGCAGAAAGGGCAAGAUGAAGAUAUGGUCGUCAGUAAGCAGCUUGUUCUCGGUGAGCGAGGCUGGACAGACUUGA